UCGACAGCGUCGGUAUUUCAGCGUAGUAGUUAAAAAGUUACGUGUAUGUAAUGUGUGCAUAGAAUUUAAUUUAUGUUUUCAUAUCAACUAAUUACAUAUAUUCCAAUUGGAAAACGUCAAAAUUAUUGAAUCACAUUGAUUUGGAAGAUUCAAUUUCUUUACUCGAAAGAAAAUACUUAGUGAUAAUUGCGUUUUGCUUUGUGUUUUGUUUUUUGUCUGCUAUAUAUAAGUAGACAGGCCGGGGAAUUCCCGUAUGUUUCCAACGUUUGAAUUGAACGCUUCGUCUCGUAUAAUUUGAAAAAAUGAUUAUUCUAAAAUUCGGUAUUUUUCUAAACUGUUUAUCAGUGUUAUAUAGUGCAAAAAAUGUUGUAUUAAUUGUCGCAGAUGAUUUAGACAUCUUUCUCGAUGGAAUGAUACCAAUGAAAAAUACAAUGGAUUUAAUUGGAAACUCAGGUGCAUCAUUUUCAAAUUGUUUUGUUGCUUCUCCUAUUUGUUGCCCAAAUAGAGCUUCAAUUUUAACUGGAAGGUAUCAACAUAAUCAUUUAGUAGUAAAUAAUUCAAUUGAAGGAGGUUGCAGUAGUGUUAAAUGGCAACAGUUUCAAGAACCAAAUACAUUUGCUGCAUAUUUAAAAGAGCAAAUGUCUUAUACAACUUUUUAUGCUGGAAAAUAUUUAAAUCAGUAUGGACAUAAAAGUGUGGGUGGAAUAAAUCAUGUACCAAAAGGAUGGGAUUGGUGGGCCGGUCUCAUUGGAAAUUCAAAGUAUUAUAAUUAUUCUUUAUCUAUAAAUGGAACAGAAAAGGAGUUUGGUAACAAAACAACCGAAUAUCUCACUGAUGUAAUUAGUAAUCUUGCAAUAGAUUUUAUUAAAUCUCGUGGACAAAAUAGUGAACCAUUUCUUGCAGUUCUAGCACCUCCAGCACCUCAUGCACCUUUCACACCAGCGAUAAGACAUUAUGACAAAUAUAAAGUCAUAAAGGCCAAGAGGACACCUAAUUUUAAUAAACUUACACAAAUAAACAAGCAUUGGUUAGUGAGAAUGAGUACAUAUCCAUUACCUAAUGAUGUAUUACCUAAGUUAGAUGAAGUGUAUAGACACAGAUGGGAAACAUUAUUAGCUGUUGAUGAGCUUGUAACAAACGUAUAUGAAACUUUAAAGUUGCAGGGUCUUUUGAACAAUACUUAUAUCAUAUUUACAUCUGAUAAUGGUUACCACAUUGGUCAGUUUAGUAUGCCUAUAGAUAAGCGUCAACCAUAUGAGACAGAUAUUAGAGUUCCAUUAUUAAUACGAGGACCUGGAAUUACACCAUCCAAAAUUUCUGCACCUGUCAGUAGCGUUGAUUUGUUUGCUACUAUUUUAGAAAUAGGUGGUAUAAAACGUCCAUCAGAUGGAACUUCUCUUUUAAAAAAAACAUUACCAAAGGAUAGAACCUUGUUAAUAGAAUACAGAGGGGAGAAGUCUAAGGGCAUUCCAUCUUCAGGUUGCCCAACUGACAGUGAUCCAAAUGUAUCAUUCUGCAUGAAAGACAUGGCAUGUAAAUGUCAAGAUGCUGCAAAUAACACAUUUAGUUGUAUACGCCGCGUUUCACCAGAACAUAACAAUAUCUUUUGUGUUUUUGAAGAUGACCAGCAUUACGUGGAAGCAUACAAUAUCACCACAGAUAAUUAUCAAAUGAAUAAUAUUGGAUAUACCAUGAAACGUAAACAUAGGUACAGAUUCAGGAAGCUCCUGAAAAGAAUGUCUGUCUGUAAAGAUGAGGACUGUGUUUUUACAAUUACAGAGAACGUUUAUAUUUAGCGGUUCAUGUAUUACAAAAUACGAUUAAUUUGAAUAUAACGUGUGUACAAUGAGUAAAGGAAAAUUG